GGCAUCAGUUGAACCGAAAGCAUCGAGCUUCAAGCUUCACAACAAAUCACAAUCAAACCUAUACUAAAAUACAGGGUAUCAACUUCGAAGAUGCGUCUAACGCUUUUGGCACUCAUCGGCGUGCUCUGUCUCGCCUAUUGCUAUGCUCUCAGUCCGGAGGAUAAUGUCGAGCAGAUCGGAUUGCUGGAUGUGGCCGACUCUGGACAAGGUCAUGCCAAUGAGGGCGACCGAGAGGCCCGACAGUGGGGAGGCGGCUGGGGAGGACGCGGCGGAUGGGGAGGCGGACGCGGCUGGGGAGGUGGCGGCGGAUGGGGUGGACGAGGAGGAUGGGGAGGCGGUGGCUGGGGAGGCCGAGGAGGAUGGGGCUGGGGCCGUUAAUCUGAUUAAAGCCCCACGAAUACCCUUCCUGCCAACGCAACCCUGCGUCCAAACACAUUUCAAUAUUCACCGAAUUCUAUGUGUAUGUAAAUAAAGAACAUUUCCAAAAAAAAUAUCA